AGUAAGCCAAGCACUGGCACUCCGGUGUACAGCCCGCCCCCGCCGCGGAGGUGCCGGUGGAGCUUGAGACCGGGCGAGUGUCCGCCCCGCUUUUGCAGCUAGGGGUGUGUUUCAGGGGGGAUUGGGGCAAACCGAGCAGGCGAGGACCCGGGCCUGUGCCGCUGUUUGCCUAUCCCUCAUCCCUCGGCACCAAGGCUACUCGAGCCCCUGGGUGUUUUUUCCUUGUUCCCGCCACCUCCUGGUCCCUGGCCCAACAUGAUACUGACCAAAGCUCAGUACGAGGAGAUAGCCCAGUGCCUAGUGUCUGUGCCGCCCACCAGGCAGAGCCUGAGGAAGCUGAAGCAGAGGUUUCCCAGUCAAUCGCAGGCCACUCUGCUGAGCAUCUUCUCCCAGGAGUACCAGAAACACAUUAAAAGAACACAUGCCAAGCAUCAUACUUCGGAAGCAAUUGAAAGUUAUUACCAGAGGUACCUGAAUGGAGUGGUGAAAAAUGGAGCUGCCCCAGUGCUCCUGGACCUGGCCAAUGAGGUGGACUAUGCACCCUCAUUAAUGGCUCGGCUUAUACUGGAGAGAUUUCUACAGGAACAUGAGGAAACUGCACCCUCCAAGUCUGUUAUAAAUAGUAUGCUACGGGACCCUUCUCAGAUUCCAGAUGGAGUUCUAGCAAAUCAGGUCUAUCAGUGCAUUGUGAACGACUGCUGUUAUGGACCACUGGUGGACUGCAUCAAGCAUGCCAUUGGUCAUGAGCAUGAAGUCCUGCUGAGAGACUUACUUCUAGAGAAAAACCUGUCCUUCCUUGAUGAAGAUCAGCUCCGUGCAAAGGGUUAUGACAAAACACCAGACUUUAUUUUACAAGUACCAGUUGCUGUAGAAGGGCACAUAAUUCACUGGAUUGAAAGCAAAGCCUCAUUUGGUGAUGAAUGUAGCCACCACGCCUACCUGCAUGACCAGUUCUGGAGCUACUGGAAUAGAGGUGGGAUCUCACAAUGUUGCUCAGGCUGGUGUGGAACUCCUGGGCUCAGCAAUUCUUCUGCCUCAGCCUCCCAAAGUGCUGGAAUUACAGGGAUGAGGAAACAUUUUCUACCAGGAAUCUUGAUGAAAUGUGUUUGUAAAUAACGAAAACAUUUUCAAAUUGUUUGAAAUGUCUUAGCAGUUAGUGCAUUAAAAGAAAAAAAGUUUCAACCAGCCUGUGUUUCCUCAUCUUAAACAAUGAGUAGCAAUGUUUGCAAAAUGUGUGUUACAUUCUCUCUCUAAAUAAAAGUUGAUAGUUCCCGUAACACUUGUAACAAACAUUUCUGGGUGUCAAAAUAAUUUGCCUUUCAGGUCAUUCCAAAGUAAAUUUAUUUUUAAAGAAUUUACGUGCAGUUGCAAAAAAAGGGCUCCCAAAAAAGAGACGGUUGUUGCACGGCUUCAGUUGGCCUAGAGUUUUCAUUUAUUCCAUGCUCUUUUUUAUAAGUGAACUUUUCUCAAAGUUGUGUUUCUCUUCUUAACUUUCAUUCAUAAAGGUAAGUGUCUUUAUUUCCUCGAAAAGCUUUUUUCAUUAGAAUUAAGCAGAAGUUUUCUUUAAAAAAAUCACAGACUUACAGUCUUUUUAGAGCUAGCCAAGAUCUCUCAUAGAUAUAAUCUAAUUUCAUGAGUGAGGAAACCGAGGCCCAGGGAGAUUUAAGUCACUCAAUGUUGAACACUGAUCAGUGGGUUGAGUAAAAUCUUUAAAAACAGAAAUGAAUUGAGUUAACAUUUAUGGUAGGAAUUGUUUUAAUUUCACAAGUAGUUAGUAUUAUAUAACCGCUAUCUACCACUUUGACACAGAGAACUCUUUGAAUACCAAAACAUUUUUCUUAAUAAUUAGUGGUAGCCAAUAUUAUCAGACCCUGAGCCAACCACAUGCUGACCUAAUACAAGACCUGAGGAUUUUUCACCCUGAGUCUUGUUCCCUUGCUGCUGCAUAACACUACACUCUGCAUUAAAAUCAGCUAAUGAGGAUUUUAGAAAUUUAACCAUGAAGGGAAAUAGUCUAGAAGUUAUUUAUUCAUUAGCUACAACCCAAGAAGCAAUGUAGCUGAGUAGAACGGGCACAGGUCUUGGGGAGUGGCAGAACUGAGUAGAACAGGCACAGGUCUUGGGGAGUGGCAGUGGGAAUAACUUUGGUUCUCAUUUGGUCCCUUACUGUAUGACCCAGGGCAAAUCUCUCAAUUUCUCUCUCUCUUUUUUUUUUUACUUAUCUGUAAAUGGGCACAAUUUGGAUUCUUAUAAGGAUUGAGUGAACUUAGAUAUACAUAGUGCCUGGCACAUAAUACACAUUUGACAACAGGUAACUAGAAGUACUUGAUUGAGAGUGUCUGUAAGUAAACCAGUGCGUGCCAAGUUGAGGUCAAUAGAUGUGGGAUGAGAUGUUUCGCAGUCAUUGCUGGGUCUUAGUUUGUGACUUUGUUAUAAUUCUGUGCUGUGGCAUAGAUGCCAUAGCCAGAUAUCUCACUUUUCAGUGUGACCCUGCUAAGAAUCUGAACACUUCUGCAGGACAGAAACUGAUGCAUUAACAAAUUGUCUCCUUGCCCAACGAAGUUUGCCUCUAUCACCGGCCUUUUUAUUUUCCUUUUUUUUUUUUUUUUCCUCUCACAACAACUGCUUCCCUGUUUUUGGAACCACAUAGUGAAUUCGGGUUAGUAAUUUCACUUUCCAAGAUCUCAGAUACUUGAGAAGUUAGCAGAUAUUUUUUCCAUUUUAGAUUUAAGUACCAAAAAAGUAAAAACAAACAAGCAAACAAACAAAACUGUGCAGCCAUCAGCUGAGGGGUACAUUCAGCAUUUGUGAUUAUUUCAAAGCAAAAGUCCAUUGACUAGAUCCAUGUGACUUCUGAUUUGAGGAUCAGUUUUUUAAAAACAUCACCAACCAGACUUGUAAAGUUUGCAGAAACUGCCGACAGACCCGAAAUGCUAAAGGUUGUAAUCUCUUGAAAGGAGUUGGUUGAUUUUCCUGUUGCCCCUCCUAUCAACUUUAACCUCCAACCUUCUCCAGCAUGUAUCACUACAAAUAAAACUGCUGAGGUUUGACAAGAGGAUAUAAAGUCAGUAGGCCAUCGCACAGAGACAGCCACGUGAUUUUCUUCAACCUGAAAUGAAGGCUCUUUAAGUUGGGCUUUUCAAUAGGAAGUCAUAAACACUCACUCGUAUCGCUUUAAGUUUUAAUAAUUACUGUUCCAAAAAACCCCAGAAAUAUACAUAUUAAAUGAUGUUUGACAACUGGAAUUUAGUGGUUUUGUUAUUGGUUGUCUUAGACCAUUAACUUGGAUUUCUGUUCUUAAUUUUAAUGUAUACGAUUUCAAGCAAGCAGCAUAUGAUACUGAUAUAAACAUGGCAUUUGUAUACUGCAUUAUAAAUGAAUUUUUAGCUUGUGAUUAAGACAAACCAGAUGACCUAAAGCAAACAAUGUGUUGGUAUUGCUCUGGUGACUUAAAAAUAAUGCCCUGACCUGGAUUCACCUGCAGUGCCUUUUGUCCUUUAGAGAACUGGAGACACGUGGCUCACGUAGCACUUCCGCUCACCAAGGUUUCUGAACUUUCAUUGUUUUUAUAGAUUUCUCAAAUAAUUCCACUGUCUGUGGAAAUUAUUCAUCCUAUACUAGAUAAAUGCUGUGUUAAGAAGUCUGUGGCACGCUUCAGUCUGAACUCAGUGGCUGUCUGUUACCAGAUCUGGUCUGAACAUCAGGAAUGGGGUGCUGUUGCAUCAAUAAUUGGACAGUGGUUCUUCUUUUAAAAAGCAAAAACAAAAAAGCACAUCUGUGUUUUUGUCAAGGCCAGCUUAGUAGCUCCCAAACAACCAUAGAGAGGUGGUCUGCCUGUCCAAAUGUUCAUUUUUCACGCUCAUUUUCUCCUAUCCAUGUUAUUUUCACCAGACCACUGAGUGAAGGGAGGACACGGGUUAUGAAAGAGCGGUGAGUCUGAGAAGCAAAGGGCGUCGGUGCUGGAGAUGGAGGACAGGGCACCGAUUAGGUCCUCCUGACCUCUUGGCCACCUUGGCAGAAUCCUGCCUUUUAGCAGAGCCAGGAUACCUUCUGCAAAGGCAUUGUGUUGCCAUAAUGAAAAUGCCUCUGUAUGAAACUCCAGACCCAGUCACCGGAGCGCUUCACUUCUUCCUGAGGAGGAUCCAGAGCCUAGAAAAGAUUUGUGUGUUGGUUUGUGAUGGUGGUGUGGUGGGGGCACAGGAGACGGGAAGAAGAAACAAACCCAAACCAAAAAACCUAUGUGGGUAUGACUGUCAUCUUCGAAUUCUUAGGGAACUACAUUUUUAUAUGUUCCUUAUUGCAAAAAAACGGUUGAGACCAUUAGGAACCUCCUUCAUUCGUCCCAUGAAACAGUGCAAUUUUAUUCAAUAAAUCCAAAUGCUAAUUAUUAACAACAGCUGUAGUAAUCCAUUGCAUUUAUACAGCACCUCCACAUUCAUUAUUUUGUUUGAGCCUAACCACUCCUCUAGGAAACUGAAAGCAUUUUAAUGGAUAGGAAAGCAAAGGCUCAGAAAGAUAAAGUGACUUGUCCAAUAUUACUUCAUUAGUGUCAGAGCCAGGAUUGCAGCAUUUACUGUGUACCAGGCAUCCAAGGAUGGGUUUGAUUCCUUCCCUCAAGGUGCUUACAGUCUGUGACAUAUGGGGUGGAGGGUGAUGUUCCUGAUAGCUCAAUGCUUAACGUACAACAGGA